UAUCUUGAUCAGUAUCUUCCUUUCCCUUCUCUUUAUGUCACAUUAAUUUUCAUCAAUAAAUACCCCCUGCAAACUUACCAACUGCCCCUUCUUGUUCACAACUCUCCCUCCCUCCCUCCCCCCCCCUCCAUGCACUGUUUCUUUCUCUAUCUCAAAACAAGCAAGGGUUUUUUUCUCAUUGGAACUCUCCGCUACUAGUCCAAAAUGUCACGCAAAGAAAGCAAGCGACUAAGUUUCAGUCCUGAUGAAAAUGAUAAGCCAACAAUCUUUCUUAAACAUGGAAGUGGAACAAGGGUAGGUGGAAACAGGAAGAAGAUUGCUGGAAUUUUCUCUUUUAGGCUUCCUAGAACCUCAAAAUUUUCACCAGCAAGACUACUAAGGCGCCUCGGAGCUAAGGUAGCAAGAGUUCUACGUUUUGUGUCCAUGGGAAGGAAAUCUUCUCGUAAGGUUACUUCAUCAAGUUUGCCAAGAUCAAGAUCACUCGCUGAGGCAGGAGACUCUCAAAGAGCUGAAGCUAUUGAAGAUUGCAUUGAGUUCCUAAAUUCUUCAUCCUCUUUGCAGAGGUCAAGCUCAGUUUCUACAAAUUCUUAUUAGACUCUGCGGUCAAGAGAAAAAUAUGUAUAUGAAAUGAACAAAAAGUUCAUAAUAUUUCAUUGAUCAUUAGUAGUUUCUUAGUUUCUAAUAGAGAAGUAGGCAAAUACACAAGAGGAAUCGGUACAAAUAGCAACAGCCACUGAUAUGUUUAUGCAUAGAGUUCGAGCAUCAAGAAUCUUUUGCAUAUA